AUGGCACGCUUAGGCCCGGCCCGGCCCAGGAUUUUCGGGCCGGGCUGCUCAUGGCCAACAAAUCCGCACCGUCCCUUCUCUGUCCCUGUUCCUGUCCCGGCUCGCGUCUCGUGCCUCCGACGCAACGGGCUCUCGUCUUGCUCCCAGAGCCGGAGCCCACCCGAGCCGCGACCUCCCUCUCCUCCUCCCCGUACACCCAUGGGGUCGUCGGAGGCCGACGACGACCAGCUCCUCAAGAGCUUCCUGGCCGAGGUCAGCGAGGCCGAGCGCGACAACGAAGUCCUCAGGAUACUUGGUUGCUUCAAGUUAAACCCUUUUGAGCAUCUUAAGUUGUCUUUUGAUUCUUCUGUGGAUGAGGUGAAGAAGCAAUAUAGGAAGUUGUCACUGUUGGUCCAUCCUGACAAGUGCAAGCAUCCACAAGCACAAGAAGCUUUUGGAGCCCUGGCAAAAGCACAGCAGCUCCUACUUGAUCCACAGGAAAGAGGGUACAUUCUUGAUCAAGUUACUUCUGCAAAAGAAGAACUGAGGGCAAAAAGGAAAAAAGAGUUGAGGAAAGAUAGUGCAUCCAAGAUAAAAUCCCAAGUAGAUGAGGGGAAGUAUGAAGAACAGUUUGAAAGAUCGGACGAAUUUCAGAAGCAGCUAAUAAUUAAAGUUCGUGAGAUUUUGACAGACAAAGAAUGGCGUAGGAGGAAAAUGCAGAUGAGGAUAUCAGAGGAAGAAGGAAGACUGAAGAAGGACGAGGAGGAAACAAAAGAAAUGUGGAAGAGGAAGAGAGAGCAUGAAGAGAAGUGGGAGGAGACGAGAGACCAGCGAGUCUCUAGCUGGAGGGAUUUCAUGAAGACAGGAAAGAAGGCACGGAAAGGAGAGCUCAAACCUCCAAGGCUCAAGACUGAAGACCCGAACAAAUCUUAUGUUCAGAGGCCAGUAAAGCGUGGUUAA